AUGGCGUACAAUAGCAAUUGGAACCCUGAUGCUUUGCCAGCAUACAAUAGGCAUGCUGAGCCAGAGCAGGCAGCUCAAAUCCUGUCCCAGCAGCAAGUUAAUAAGCCGCAAGAAGAACCAGAGAACAACCUUCAGCAGCAACAACGACCUCCACAGCAAAACCGCAAAUACUCGAACCCACCGCGCAGUCCACGGCCGUAUGGGAGUGCCAGUCCACAGGCCCAACACGGUCUACCAUCUGCUCAGUACAACAAGCCUGUACCACCUGUACCCUCUCAAUCGCAGAGCUCCUACAACAACUCCAGCUACAGCUACAACUACAAUUCCUCUCGACCUGCAGGCUACACCCCGCCCAACCCACCUCCUCCACCAACAGCCAAUACAGCAAACACCUUAGGUCGUCCAUCCCCGCCAACUCAGCACGGACUCUCACCACCUCCUCGACCACCAACCACCAGUCAGCCUCCACCUGGCCCCAGAAACGCCGGUGAUGCACAGCUCUUCCCUCUCUUCAAAGCGGUCGACAAGUACGGCACUGGGCAGCUCACAGACCGGGAAUUGGGCAAGGCACUCGUCAACGGAGAUUUCUCCAGCUUCGAUUCCCACACGAUCAAGAUGAUGAUCCGGAUGUUCGACGUCGACAAAAAUGGCAGCAUCGAUUUCGAUGAGUUCAGGUGGGUCGAGACAUAUGUGCUAACAUACAAAUCGAACAGCGCACUCUGGGGUUUCCUUGCAGCCUGGCGCGCCCUCUUCGACCGCUUCGACGAGGACAAAUCCGGCUACAUCUCCUUCGACGAAUACACGAACGCGCUCGUUUCAUUCGGCUACCGGCUCUCGAAUAAUUUCGUACACAUGCUGUAUUCGACGUACGAUAAAGGGGCGGAAGGAAAGAUGACAUUCGAUCUGUUUGUGCAGAGUUGUAUCAUAUUGAAGAGGAUGACGGAUGUUUUCAAGAGGUAUGAUGAGGAUAGGGAUGGGUUUAUUACGUUGAGCUUUGAGGAAUUUUUGACUGGUGAGUCAUCCGAGAAUUCGGGUAGCAAGAUUAGGGGUGGUUUACUGAUUUGGAGCAGAAAUCUUACGACAGCGAUGAACUAUGGGCUGACACCGUGGAUUGGCUGA